AUGGUCAAGCAAAUUGCUGGUUCUAAGGUCCUCCUUCUGGGUUCUGGCUUCGAGUUCACUUGCUCACGAUUGACCCGAUUUGCAGUCGCCAAGCCCACGGUUGAGGUCCUGUCGAAGGCUGACGUUGAGGUCACUGUUGCCUGCCGAACGCUCGAGAGCGCAAAGAAGCUCGCCGAAGGAUUCAAGCACACCAAGGCCAUCUCCCUCGACGUGAACGAUGCGGCCGCCCUCGACAAGGCGCUCGAGCAGGUCGACCUCGUCAUCUCCCUGAUCCCGUACACCUACCAUGCCCAGGUCAUCAAGGCUGCCAUCCGGACCAAGAAGAAUGUCGUCACGACGUCGUACGUCUCCCCGGCGAUGAAGGAGCUCGAGGAGGACUGCAAGAAGGCUGGUAUUACGGUCAUGAACGAGAUCGGAUUGGACCCGGGUAUUGACCAUUUGUACGCCGUCAAGACGAUCACCGAGGUGCACAACGCCGGAGGCAAGAUCAUUUCCUUCCUCUCCUACUGCGGUGGUCUCCCCGCUCCCGAAGACUCGGACAACCCACUGGGCUACAAGUUCUCCUGGUCCAGCCGGGGUGUGCUGCUAGCGCUGCGCAAUGACGCCAAGUUCUACAAGGACGGCCAGGUCUUCAGCGUGCCGGGCACCGAGCUCAUGGGCACGGCCAAGCCGUACUUCAUCUACCCGGGCUUCGCGUUCGUCGCGUACCCGAACCGCGACUCGACGCCGUUCCGGGAACGGUACCAGAUCCCCGAGGCGCAGACGGUCAUCCGCGGCACGCUCCGCUACCAGGGCUUCCCGCAGAUGAUCCGCGUCCUGGUUGACAUUGGCUUCCUGAGCGACGCGGAGCAGGACUUCCUGAAGACGCCGAUCCCGUGGCGGGAGGCGACGAAGCGGAUUCUGGGCGCGACCUCGGAGAAGGAGACGGACCUGCUGUGGGCGAUCUCGUCCAAGACGGCGUUCGAGGACAACGACGAGCGCGACCGCAUCGUCGCGGGUCUGCGCUGGAUCGGCCUCUUCUCCGAGGAGCCCAUCAUCCCGCGGGGCAACCCGCUCGACACGCUGUGCGCGACGCUCGAGCAGAAGAUGCAGUACGGCCCCGGAGAGCGGGACAUGGUCAUGCUGCAGCACAAGUUCGAGAUCGAGCACAAGGACGGCACGCGCGAGACGCGCACCAGCACGCUGUGCGAGUACGGCGAUCCCAACGGCUACUCGGCCAUGGCCAAGCUGGUCGGUGUGCCGUGCGGUGUGGCAGUGAAGAUGGUUCUCGAUGGGACGAUUAGCGGGAAGGGCAUCCUCGCCCCGAUGACCAUGGACAUUUGCGCGCCGCUCAUCAAGACCCUGAAGGAGGAAUACGGAAUCGAGCUGAUUGAGAAGACUAUCUAA